GGUGCUUACGUUUCUAAAUAUGCUUUAGCUUCGUGCUUUUUUUGUUUUUGUUCUCCGAACAAUAAGGUAAGUGGUUACGUGCCUAGGGUGGAAAAUAACUCCGUGUUGACAAUAAGAUGGGCUGUCUGCUUCAUUUCGGGUCCGCCUUCUUUUGUUGAUGCACAAUGGUGAAGUGUAUAAGUACUGAUGUUGAUGAAUAUCGGUCUUAGCGGUUCCCUCUCACAAUGCUUGCUACGACGAAAAUUGUUUUCCCUCCCCCACCACCGACGACGAACUGCCUCUCGUCUCUUGAGCGAUCUCGACUCCUCCGCAAGACGAAGAAACUUGAGCGCGUAUUAGGUUCCGCGCCUCACUUCAUUGAUGAUCCUCUAGCCCUCGAUCUUCCAUUCAACACGGAUUCUGAGUCAAUCCCCUCGAGACCGUCGACAUCAUCACGCAGCAGCAUGGACUCUUCGCGUUCGCUGUAUCGGGUGACGUCCAUUGACAGGCCGCGGUCGCGGUCUAUGCCAUCUCGGCGGUUGAGCGUCGAGGAACCAUGGCCAAGCUCGAAGCCACCGCUUAUGAAGCUGUCAAAGUCCCCCGGGGCUCUGCCCUGUAUACCAGCAUCACCUCUCGCCGCACACUCGUUCUCCCCAUCCGCUAUGACCCCCCCAGACUCUCCGACCGCCCCAGAGUUCAUAAUUCCGACUAACAACAGCUUGCGUCGCCAGAAAAUGGACCGGCUGCGGAGGAAGCUCGGGGAUGGCGUCCCUGUGGACCUUGUUUUUCCCAAGCAGAGAGAGAGCGUCGUGGUUCAGGCCCAGGUCACGGUGGAGAAGUUCACUCCGGUAUUGUUCUCACCUCCGCCUGUGCCUGCAAAGCCUCUUCAGUCGCGGGACUCUAUAUCUUACCCUUCUCCUCAUCGCGCGGUGCGUAAGGUGAAGCGUAAGCCUGUACCACCGCUCGACCCUUCUGAACUUGAUGCUCUGAAUCCUCUGCCCUCGCCAGUCGAGAUCCGACGAAGGACUUUGAGCCUAAGCUCAAGUUCCUCGGAGUGUAACUCGCCUGCAUCCGAAUAUUCGGAAAGGAGCUUCUUGUGGGAUAUACCUGAAGAGUCAUCAAGACGUUCACGAAGCUUCUGGACGAGCGCCAAACAGGAUAUGGGCCGCGAGGAGGACUCGGAGUGGCUGGAAGUGACGUACUCCAAAGAAUUGGGGUUGACCGUAUCUUCGCCCCCAUGAUUUACAGCAAAUAUUCGGAUAAUUUUCGUUUCGAUUCGCAGUCAGUAUGUACUCGCUUUCAAGUUUGCUGCUCGCUUGUUACUACGUUGCUCUAAUCUACUCACCUAAUUUUUCGAU